AUGCAAAACGGAAAAGCCUCUCUGAAUCCGUCAUCAUCCUCCAACAACAAUAAUUCCUCGUCCUUGCUCGCACUUUCGGAACAGCUGGCAACCAUUAGAACUUGUCGGGAACGAAAAUUAUUUGCUCCUAAACCUCCGUCUUCUACCAAACUCGAUGAAGAAGUGCCCUCCUAUUACAUCAAGCAGAAUGACAAGAUUUUAAAUGAUUGUUAUGGAGAUUGUCGGUCCAUGAUUCAUCAUACGGAGAGUAACAACAAUGAUUUUUUACUAUUCUCAAAGCACGCUUUUCAACAAGUGUGUUCAUCAAACACCAUCAUUGAUCCCCCAACCUAUAAACUUGUUUCCAAGAAUGAAAUUUGCAAACAAGUACCCAUCAUUCAAUCCUUGUUAUUCAAACGACAACAUGAAUAUUUACGUCCGAAAAUUGUAAAUGUACCUUCAUCAUCAAACACAGCAAAUUCUUCCUGUAUUAAUUCACAAGUAGCCACAAACAAGCCUUCUACAGGCACGAAUGGAAACAUUCCGUUGAAGGCUCAGAGAGGAAACAAUACUAUGAGAAAUCCGAGCCCAUCAUCCAAUAAUGGAAGAACCAGCAGUGGCAAUAGUGGUGGAGGUACAACAACGAAUGACCCAAUGAUCGUAGAUGAUGAAGAAAAACCAAAAUCAUCGUUUGUUACAGCUCGACAAUUGGUAAAUAAUAAGAGGAAAAAGAUGGGAGACAAGCCAAUGAGCGACGAAGAAAAGGAAGAGGAAGAAGAGCAAAAUAGUAAGCAGAAAAACCUAAGUGAUAUCAAGAGCUCAACAUCCAAUUAUCAUCCUGUGACAUCAUUAACAGCUAAUUCAGGAAAACGAAAGAAAUUCGUUCCUCCACUCAAAUCCAAUGAUAAGGAAAAUUCAAAUAAUAACAGCAACAAUAAUACAAACACUUCUAAGAACACUGGAGAAAAGCCAUCCAAAAAGAAAAAAACAGACGACGAGGAUGGUGCUGACCUUUCGAAAAUAUUUGAGAAUGGUGUCAUUCCUGAGGAACUUUCUCAUCUGAGUCCAAAAUUAAUUGAAACGAUCGCGAAUGAAAUUUUAGACUCUUCAAUUUCUGUGACUUGGGAUGACAUUGCUGGUUUGAAAUAUGCAAAGGCAUCUGUACAAGAGGCAGUAAUUUGGCCUCUCAUGAGACCUGAUUUAUUUACUGGACUAAGACGACCACCCAAAGGUCUACUCUUAUUUGGACCUCCAGGUACCGGUAAGACACUGAUUGGAAAAGCCAUUGCUCACGAAAGUGGCUCUACCUUCUUCUCUAUUUCAGCUUCAAGCUUGACCAGUAAAUGGGUGGGUGAAGGUGAAAAAUUAGUGAGAACUCUAUUUGCACUUGCCAGAUACUUUCAACCAUCUGUAGUGUUUAUUGAUGAAAUUGAUAGUUUACUUUCCCAAAGAACUGAUUCGGAUAGUGAUAGCGGUACCAGAAGAUUAAAAACAGAAUUUUUAGUUCAGCUUGAUGGUGCUUCAACCAAUGACGAAACAGAUCGAAUUUUAAUUGUUGGUGCUACCAAUAGACCUGAAGAAAUAGAUGAAGCCGUGAGAAGAAGAAUGCAGAAGCGUUUGUACAUACCUCUUCCAUCAAAAGAAGGAAGGAAAGAAAUGUUGGCAAGACUUCUCUCAAAAAACCCGCACGUGAUUUCUGAGGAGGAGUUGAACUCUUUGGUAGAUUUAACUGAUGGAUAUUCAGGUAGUGACAUUAAAAAUCUUUGUGCAGAAGCUUCAAUGUUUGCUAUCAGAGAUUUAGGCUCACAAAUCAAACAUGCAGCAGCCUCAGAGUUAAGACCAAUAGAAUUUAAGGAUUUCAAAGCAGCCCUUAAAUCAAUUCGUCCGUCAGUGGCUCAAAGUGAUUUACAUCGAUAUAUUGAAUGGAACAAAACUUUUGGAUCAUUUGAUUAUAACGAAAAUAGUAAUGAAGAAUCGGAAAAAGGAAGUGGCUCUGAAUAG